AGGGUUUCAGCUGCUGAGGGAACACUUCUCUUUGUCCCGACUUUAGAGAGCAUCUGAAAAAUGAGUGGCCGCGGAAAAACCGGUGGUAAAGCCAGAGCCAAGGCAAAGACCCGCUCCUCCCGUGCUGGGCUCCAGUUCCCAGUCGGCCGUGUCCACAGGCUGCUGCGCAAAGGAAACUAUGCGGAGCGUGUCGGUGCCGGCGCCCCCGUCUACCUGGCGGCUGUGCUGGAGUACCUGACCGCUGAGAUCCUGGAGUUGGCUGGAAACGCUGCCCGCGACAACAAGAAGACCCGUAUCAUCCCCCGUCACCUGCAGCUGGCUGUCCGCAACGACGAGGAGCUCAACAAGCUGCUGGGCGGAGUGACCAUCGCUCAGGGCGGCGUGCUGCCCAACAUCCAGGCUGUUCUGCUGCCCAAGAAGACCGAGAAGGCCGCCAAGUCCAAGUAAACCUGGACACUCUUUAACUGCUGGAAACUGGCCCCCAAAACGGCUCUUUUAAGAGCCACGCAAUCAUCUGACAGAGCUCUGUUCUUAUCUCUCUCUCUCUCUAAUGCAUCAAUCUGUGUUGCCUACUAGAACAUGUACACGACUCCAUUCCAAAAAUGUCGUUACUUAUUUACAAGAAAUCAUAACUUUUCAGCCAGCUUUUAUUGGCCGAGAAACCACUUAUUACUUGAAUGUAACCAGAAAGCCAAUUUGACGAACACAGUGCUCAGGAGA